UCGAUUUUUCUUCUCCAGUUAUACGAUUUCUGGGGGUGAAUAGCAUUAUUUAUAUUAUUCAGACCGUUUGUCGUCAAUUGUAAACACCAACCUGAAGGUAGUGUUGUGAGAUCGCCCGCAAAAUAUCGCGGUUUGGGUGAUUGAGUGGAUCAUGAACGGACACGCCAUUCUCUACACCGGGGUCACUUUGGCCUUCUGGAGUACUAUUCUCAUCGUCGGUAUCUGCUACACAAUCUUCGACCUUGGAUUCCGCUUCGAUGUGGCGUGGUUCUUGACAGAAACGUCGCCCUUUAUGUGGGCGAACCUUGGGAUUGGCUUGGCCAUCUCGCUCUCUGUUGUCGGAGCAGCUUGGGGCAUUUACAUCACGGGUUCCAGCAUCAUAGGAGGUGGUGUAAAAGCACCACGGAUUAAAACAAAGAAUUUGGUCAGCAUUAUCUUCUGCGAGGCCGUAGCUAUAUAUGGGAUCAUCAUGGCAAUCGUGAUAAGUAACAUGGCUGAGAGCUUUAGCGGCACUACACCAGAGACCAUUGGUGCAAGGAACUACCAAGCAGGCUACUCCAUGUUUGGUGCUGGUCUUACUGUGGGCUUCUCCAACCUCUUCUGUGGCAUCUGUGUUGGCAUCGUUGGGAGUGGAGCCGCCCUGGCUGAUGCCCAGAACGGCAGCCUCUUCGUCAAAAUCCUUAUUGUGGAAAUCUUCGGCAGUGCGAUUGGGCUAUUUGGAGUGAUUGUAGCCAUCUUGCAGACGUCGAAAGUAAAAAUGGGUGACUAGAAGAUGUAUCCGCAAGACAUAAGAUCACGAUGACAAGAUCAAUGGAAGACAAAGCUGGAGAAGCAGAUGGAUUGUGUAAAUACAUAGUAAAUUAUUGAAAUGUCUUUUUUGUCUGUGAUUGUUUUUAACCAUUUGCUGAAGAGUGACAUAUUUGCACCAUUUUGUCUUAAAGGAAUGCAACCGAAAGGUUAGAUUAAACUGCAAGUGUUUAAGACAAAAUCCUAUCCCUUUUGAAUAAAAUUCAUGUUCGUAUUACCGUAGUUAUAGGAAAAAAGUAAUUAAUCUCUAGCAAACCUCUGGGCAUUCCCCACAUACUUUUACUGUUGUAUCAAUUACAUUCAGUAGUAGUAGGGACAUUUAUAAUUUAUUUUUAUUGGAUUUCUUUAAAGCCAUAUUUUGGCAAUGAGGCCCUGUCUACUUCCCCUAGAGUCAGAUAAACUCAUGGAUGCCCUUUUCAUGAAUAUGUGUCCAGUAUGAAGGAAGUUAGUUUCAUGAGCCAACGCAAAUCCGUAAAGAGCUGUUCUGUUCAUUACAUGGAAUUGUGAUAAAUGCCUGUAAAAAAAUUGUUUGAAGUAUUGAAAUGUUAGUAUGCAAAAGUCAUGGUAUAACAAAGCAAAUUAUUAUAUUUAUGGCUAAUGUAAUCCAUAAUGUUUUUCACUAGUUUCAGUUACUAUAUAUUUAUCAAUGACUGGUGUAAGUAACCAGUACUAUAGUAACACUAAAUGAAUCAAAAUGUAUUGAUACAAAGGUGAUCUAAAGAGAUAUUACUCUGAAAUGGUAAUUCUUGGUUGUUUGACAUUAGUCAGCUGUCAUUCGUUUAAUUUGUGUGGAUGUAUGCAUACCAUUUUGGUUGGCACUCUUCGCUUCUGAUUGGUUAAAAAUGAGAAUAGUACAUUUGUGUGUGUGUGUGUGUAUAUAAAGGGUCUGUUGUUUUGUGAACUAUGAGGGUGUUUACCAUUCUAUGUACCUUAGCUUGGGUUGUCAGAUUUUUUGUUGUUGAUGCAAGUGGUCUUUAUCCACAGUGAAUGAGCUGUGGCUGAAUAUACAUGUAUUUGAUUUUAAGUGACCAUCUAUUUUUUUUCGUUCUUUCCUUCUCAGAUUGGUCUGUAACCCCCUGUUAACUAUCUGUGGAGAGUGAGAAAUGUAGCGGUUUUCUUCAAGACCAUUUACCCGUGUACAUUAUUCUGCUUUCCUUCUGUUUUUGUGUAACUUUGAGCUUGGAUAUGCCAAGCUCCUUGUCUUUUGAAUGGGCUGACAUGUAUUAUUUUGGAGAGAUGGUACUCGAGCAGAACAUCGAUAAGAACUUCUGACCGGUUGGCCUUUUUCUUAGUCGUGCUUUUGUUGAAUUUUUUUUGAAUUUAUUGAAUUAGCUGCAACAUCUAUGUCCACCAGCGCUACUGAUUUUAAGACAUUUAGAUUGAGCCUUUAAAUGUUAAAUACAAUCCUUGAGUCUAUUGUCAACUAUAUAUAGGACAUAGGGUGCCAUUUGAGAUGCACUUAUGGAGGGCUCACACUGAGUCCCCAUCCUCUCCUUACCAACCAUUUUAUUUAAAUGAUUCAGCGGUGUUCAUUCCUUACUUUUGAACAUUCCUUAAUGACCUUUGGUGUAAUACAGGGGUGGUCAUCUUGGUCCUGGAGAGCCUUGGUACUGAAGCAUUUUACUUCAAUGGAUAACAUUUGGACUGUAAGUCCCAACUGUUGUUGGUUUCAAAGUAUGCUGCUUGAGAGAGGGCCAUGAAUGCUCAUGUCUUACUUUGAGAGACUAGGUCCUUGGUUGGCCACCUGUACUGUAGUGGUGUGUCAUUCCUCAUGUAAAUGAAGAUCACUAGACCAUGAAGAUCUCUAGACCAUGCCUCUGUCUUUAGUGACUGUGUUUAAUAUGUUGUGGUGAAUCCAUUGUUUUGUCAUGUGUAAAAGUGGGUCCUCUUGACUUAAUUGUCCUUGAAAGAAUAAAAUACACCAAACUGACCGUU